AUGAACGCCUAUCAGAUAAAAUACGACUAUUACGACGGUCUAGGAGAGGAGAUGGACGACUUCGGAAUCACCCAUUUGAAACUGUUUUGCGUCUAUCCCAACGCCACUGAAGCCAAUAACAUGAUUGUAGGGGUAAAUGACAACAACCCUCCUGGAGCUUGGAAAGAUGUGCAAGUGUGCCCUGAGGGGAAGUGGCUCAAAACUUGGAUGCAGAGGGUCACUCCAUCUCUAGGCACAGAGGACGACGACGCCCUGAUCGACAUAGUCUUCUUUUGCUCUUCGGAUGCGAGUGGCCGCUCUGAUGUAGGAGGACAAAAGCUUACGGGAACAGGUUCUGUCCGACACCCCGAAAGCAGUCCCGUAACAUGUCCUUUCUCGACCUUACCUUGUGGUGUGAGAGCAAAGGUCCAGGCUUACCAGGGGUCGGGGGACGACUCCGCCGUCAACCACGUCGAGUUCGCUUGCUGUUUCAUCGAUCAGUAA